AUGGAUCCCCAGGUCGAAGAUCAGCAGCAGGAGGAAAUCAUCGUCUUAAAGGUGCGCGCUUCGUUAUCAGCCAUCGCGUUCGUGAGUCUCACACCUUGGAAGAGUAUCUAUGAACAAGACUUCAUCGAGGUUCCUCCGCCAAAAGCGUGGAAGGUGCACAGACGCUCACGCAGAUGCUCCUCUCAGGCCGCCCCUAGAUUACCUGAGUUCAAGAUACGAGUCACAUAUCCUGACCCAAAGUACGCUGAGAAGAUAUACUUCCAUCUACACAUAAAACUACCGAAGACUUAUCCCAACAAUGCCCCUCCUAUCUUCACCAUACAGCAGCCCAUAGUUGGCCUCCGCCCUGAUGAGAUCUCCAAGUUGACACAUGCUAUCCAUGAUGAAGUGCAGCAGAAGAAGGGCGAAGAAAUGGUCUUUCAGACCGUCUGUUUCGCGAAGGAGUGGAUGGAGGCGAAUGUUAAGCCACCAGUAGAGGUUUCUGGGUCUCUGGCCACCGAGAUGAACCGGCGCGCGGUCGAAGAGGAGCGAGUCAGGAAGCAACGAGAGGAAGAGGAAGCCGCAUUGAAGAAACAACACGACGCCGAGUACGCCGAGAAGCUGAACGAGCAGAUCCGCGAAAACGUACAGAGACAACAGCUUGAGCGUGAACGGUUCCAGCAAGCUCGUAAGCGUGCCAUGUCGGAUGCGACGGAGGUUCCUUUGUCCGAAGAUGCUAUGCCCACUGAAUCGUUCGACUUUGAGAUCAAGUGGCAAGGGCAGACGUUCCGUAGAGUUCGGUUGUUCCAUCCUCGGCAAGAGUGUUUGGGAACAAUCUACCAGGCUGACCCCAUCUGUGACGAGCCGUUGAGUCCUCUGCCCUUGGAGCUCCUCUCCAUCACGUUCGUGUCGCACUAUUAUACUACAACACAAGGCCGCAAGAAGCUCAAACAGGUCGAGACUGAACUUCAGCGCCUUGUCACAAUUCGACAUCAGAACUUGCUCGCUAUACUUGCUGCGAAGCUGACGACGCCCAGUGCGAACUCAUCGCCCCGCCUCAUCAUUCUUAUGGAGAAGCGACCAUCCAUGACUCUAUAUGAUCUGCUCGAAGACUCGGACGGCCUGCGCGAAGAACGUGCUACAGAGUACCUUACGCAGAUCCUGUCCGCUCUCCACAUUGUGCACCACAGCGACAUCGUGCAUCGAGGCCUCAAUCUGAGGUGUAUCGGUCUCGCUCCGCGUGAAGGCAUGGGCACGUCCAAGAUUGUCAAGUUGUUCAAGGUUGGAUAUCAUGUACGACUACUGGACCUGCAUCGUUCCGAUCCCUUCGGCUUCAACGUCGACGUGAGACUGGACGAAGAUAAUACCCCUGAGGGAUGGCGAGUAGCGCAAUUUAUUCACAUUGCUCCACCACUCAACCAACAUUUGUUCAGGAUGGCGCCUGUCGAGUCAAAGCUUGACUACACCAAGGCCCGCGACAUUCACUCGGCGGGGAUAGUCUUGUUGCAAAUGCUCCUUGGACGCGAUGUCAUGGAAAGGUUCAGCGAUCCGCAAUCUGCUUUACACACAACGUCUAUCUCGCCAUUUCUAGCGACGAAAGCCGCAGCGAUGCUCAGCCCUGCCAAGAAGAGUGGCGUGACGUGCCAAACGCUCUUGAUGGAUCUAGUCUCACCACCCUGCCCUUCAGCCAAUAACCGUACUCCGACAAUCCCAUUCACAGGACCAAAGACACCUCUUGUCAAUGGAUUUGCUGUCGGGUCUCCCGAGACGGACUACUUCCGAAUGCCCCCGCCUACUGCGAGGCAUUCUAGUAGGUGGAAGGAGGACUGGGAGGAGCUAGAGAUACUGGGUCGUGGUGGAUUUGGCCAAGUCGUCAAGGCUCGCAACAAGAUAGACAAUAGGAUCUAUGCAGUCAAGAAGAUCAAAUUGCGCGAUGUCGGGAACGACAAGAUUUUCCGGGAGGUUAGCGCCUUAAGCCGGCUCAACCAUCGCUUCAUCGUCCGGUACUACACCACCUGGGUCGAAACGUCCGACGGGCCUCCGAGCCACAUCGGCUCAGAGUCGGAGGACUCGGAGCAGACGGAAGAGACGAACGGACGGACAUCGAAGCCAAGGCGGUCGAGCGACGAUUUCAAUGGCCACUUCACGACGUUCGACAUCAAGGACCUUGACUCGAUCAGUACCAGUCGGCAUUCAACCUUCCCCAGUAUACGCUUUGCGCGAUCGAGCUCACAGCAGAAUGAUGAUGAUAAUGGAAGUAGCGGGAGUGAGAGCGACGACGGGUUGUUCGACGCCGAUGGGGAGGAUGACGACGGGCUGGACGAUCCAUUUGGUAGAACUGAGGCUCAUCUGUCACAGGAAUUUGUCGAGCGUCAGACGUUACGGGAGCGGAUUGCUGAAGGUCUCGAAGAAGAAGAUGCGUGGCGUCUGUUCCAACAGAUUUUGGAUGCGCUUGUGCACAUAUCAAGCUUAGGCAUACUGCAUCGGGACAUCAAGCUUACCAACAUCUUCGUCGGUGAGACAUCUUUGACUCUAGAUGCCAAGGGAGACUGCAAAGUCGGAGACUUUGGCCUUGCCACGGAGAGUUUGGACGCUGUUGAUCCCUCUGACAAACCUCGCGAGAUCCGUGAUAAUCAAGAGAUCACCAUGGACGUUGGGACGCGGUUGUACAUGGCUCCAGAGAUGUCCAUUCAGACUUCUGACUCCGGAAUGGUCACUCCUCGCACGACAUCGAAGGCCGACAUGUAUAGUUUGGGAAUAGUGUUCUUCGAGAUGAACUAUUUCUUCAAGACCGACUCGGAACGCAACAAGGUCAUUCCCGAGCUCAGACUACCGUCCAUCGUAUUUCCGUCGGAUUGGGACCCAAAGCGAAGCAGGCAGCGACAGAUCAUCACGAUGCUCCUCCAACAUGAUCCGGACAAGCGACCGUCGGCUCUGCAGCUCUCCCAGAGUCCAUUGCUCCCGGCGCGUGUGGAGGACGAGUACGUCAAGGGUGCUCUGAACAUGAUAGCGAAAGCGGAUUCUCCUCACCUGCCGGCCGUGCUGUCAACCCUCUUCACGCAACCAGUCAAGCCCGUUCGUUCGUAUCUAUAUGACAUAGACUCGGAGCCUCCAGAACAUGCUUCCUUGAACUCCCUUGUCAUAGACCACCUAGAGCAGAUCUUCCACCUCCAUGGUGCUGUCGACUCUGAGACCCCUCUGCUCAUGCCAGUGACGAAUCCAGUAGAGGACGAUCACAAUCGCGCUGUCUACCUCGAUCGUCAUGGAGAAGUGGUCAGUCUCCCUCACAACGCCCUGCCGCCGUUCGCUCGUGCUGCAGCUCGCGCAGAGUACAAGCGAAUCAAGCGGUACCAUAUAUGUGACAUAUACCGCCCGAACAGUCCUGCCGGACAUCCACGAGCGUCGAAGGUCGCUGUAUUCGACAUCAUCACUCCUGACCUUGUCACCGGACCGAACGCAGCUGCAGCAGAAGGAAUAGCGAUUGUGAACAACUGCUUGGACGUUUUCGGUGACCUCUCCGAGCACUACGUCAUCGUGAUCUCGCAUUCCAAAAUCCUUGAAACGGUUCUCGAGCGUGUGCCUGCUGAAUUACGAGCAGAGACGAUAGAUAUGUUGACUAACACCAAAUCGUCGGCGUCCCAGAAGCGCAAUAGUCUGAUUGUCAAGGGUGUCUCUCGCAGCGUCUGCGAUGAGCUCAAGCUUCUGGCCGAGACCUCAGAUGACACAGUUGAUGGGCUUGUGGAGCGCUUAGAGAAGUCCUCUCCUAUUUUGCGCCAAAUGCUGGAACCGUACCUGAAGGACAUCAGGCACACGCUUCAGUUCGUACAGGUGUCGGGCGUGGUGCGGCCCAUCCGCGUCGACCCGCUGUUACUAGGACACCGCAAUGCCUACUUUGCCAACGGCGUCUGCUUCAUGGCGGUCAGGAAGAACAAGCGGACUGACGUCCUUGCCGCUGGUGGACGGUACGACCAUGUCAUCAAACGGUACACGACACCCACAGCGAACCCCGAGCCUCGCGCCGCAGUCGCCCUUCAGAUCUACCUGGAGAAGAUCACAGCGACUCUCGCCCCUUACCAGAACCAGUUCCUUACUUCCCAGCAGGCUCUGAAGGAGCUCAAGUCAUUUGGAUACUGGUGUCCCCGCCGGUGUGACGUCUACGUCGUUUCCUACCAGCCUGGGUACCUGGCAGAGCGGCUGGAGAUCGCGGCGAUGUUGUGGAAGCAUCAUAUAAGUGCGGACGUCAUGUACGAGGCUGCGUUUCGCGAUGCAGAGAUCGAGGAUUAUAUAGAACUGUGUCAGACGGAGGGUAUACUAUUUCUUGUUCAUGCGAAGCCUCGUGUUGGUGGUUCGCCCGUGUACAAGGUCAAGAGUGUUCUCCGGGGGACUGAGACAGAAGUGCAACCAUCGGAGCUCGUCUCCUUUCUACAGCAACAUAUUGCCGAGCAGAAACGUUAUGAUGCGACUUUAUCCGGUGGUCAGGGCGCGGUAGAGAGCUCACCUAUCCAGCCCGUGGCAGAGAAGCCUGCUCCUGCCGCCGAUACUCUUGUCGUUCUGCCGAACGACGUGAAAAAGGCGCGCAAGAGCACGAAGGGUCUCUAUGGCAACAAAGCGUACGAUAGCGCUACUGCACUGAAGAAUGCCAUGCCAGGCAUCCGAACAAUUGCUGUAGAGGUCACAACAGCUGUGUUCGACGAGUUGGCAAAGAACAGCAACUGGCUGACGAGCGAGGACGCGUUGCGGACGAUUGCUGCUGGGCUGCCCACGCAGCAUGCCGGAUACGCGCAGCAGAUCCGAGAGGCGGUGCUGCGACAGAAGGCGGAGGGACAGCGUUAUGUGCUACUAUAUGGUAUACGUCAGGAUCGCAUUGCAUUGCUCACGUUGGCUUAG